AUGGACCCCCUCACGGCCCUCGGCCUUGCAGGGAACAUCAUCACUUUUAUCGACUUUUCGUAUAAAGUCAUUGCUGGGGUGAACAAAGUCCUUGACUCCUCGAGUGGGAUGACACCGGAGAACGCCAAACUCAGUGCUCUAGUGGAGGAUUUGAAUGGCGUUACCCGAGACCUCGUGUCGGAUGUCCCUGCUAGGACGGAGAACGAAAAACAGCUCUGCAUCUUAGCCACCAAUUGCCAUGCAUUGUCCGUGGAGAUUUUUCAAAUGCUACGAAACCUCAAGGUUGGCGACAAGAAGUCAAAAUGGCAGGGUAUGAUGGUGAAGAUGAAGAGCAUGCGGAAAGAGAAGGAUAUUGAGGCUAUCGAACGACGGCUGAAUAGUUAUCAGUCAGAAAUCUUGAUCCGUUUGCACGUUAUGUUCAGCUCGAGCCAGAACUCCAUGGUGAAAAGCCAGCUGGAAUCUCUUCGAAAAGAGGGACAAUCACUACGAAACGAGACGACAAAGCAGCUGAAUGCGUUGCAUCAAGACAUUGUGACGCUCAUAGAAACCAUGUCCUCAACAUCGCCCCCUGUUGGAUCAGACCUGGCAAGAAGAGACACCAAGAAAGAGUCACUGACCAGAUUGGCCGACGCAUUGUCAACUUUCCAGUCCACGACCAAAUCAAUCUCCCGAGAAAACCACAUUCUAAGCCGACUUGUUUUUCCUUCCAUGUACAGUCGAGGGGACGAUAUCGAAGAUCCCGAAAGCGGGACAUUUACAUGGAUCGUGGAAGAAGACUCUCCCCCGAAAGUUGACCAAAAGGACCUUUCCGAAACGCCAUACAUAUACGAGCAAAGAGAACAAGAAGUCAUGCGGGAGACAACUCGACAACAAUUCUUGACUUGGCUCAACUCCGGAUGUCACGUUUUCCACAUAUCUGGCAAGGCUGGUUCUGGAAAGUCGACCUUGAUGAAGUUCCUUGCCAGGUCUCCUCGAGUCCAGCAAGAACUGGAACAAUGGGCUGGGGGGCAACAACUGAUCAUUGCACGGUUCUUUUUUUGGAACUCAGGAGAUAAGCUGCAGAUGUCUCUGGAGGGGUUGUAUCGGAGCCUUCUGUUUGAGACAUGUACACAAUGCCCCGAGCUAAUCCCUCGAAUAUUCCCUGGCCUCUGGGAAGGGCUGUCAUCCGGUGUUGCACCUCCACAGCAAACCCCGAUGCGCUUCGAAGAAGUUAAAGCUGCAUUCGGUCGCUUGACGAAAGAGAGCCAGUUCUUCGAUGGCUAUAUCUGCUUCUGGAUCGACGGACUGGACGAGUUCGAAGGCGAUGAGGUCGAUCACUGGCAUCUAGCUCGGGACCUUCAAUACUGGACACAGUCAAAGCAUAUCAAACUUUGCGUGAGCAGCCGCCCGCACUUUCCCUUUACGCAGACAUUCGCGAAGGACAUGAAUCGUCAAAUCAGUAUACACGAGCUUACUCGGGAGGAUAUCCGCCAGUUCAGCCUGGCAAUGUUGGAGAAAGACCCCAACUUCCACCGUGUCCAAGAUUCCUAUCAAAAGCUAGUUUCGACGGUGGUGGAAGAUGCAAAUGGCGUGUUCCUGUGGGCGAGACUAGUUGUCCGCUCACUUUUGAGAAGCAUAGGUUAUCAAAGCACGGCGAAGGAUUUGGAAAAGAAGCUCAAAGCAAUGCCAAAAGGGCUAGAUGAGCUGUUCGACCAGAUCCUCGAGUCAGUCAACCCAGAUGAUCGGCCGCUCUCUGAUAAACUGUUUCUUAUGAGCACUGCAAGCUUGUACCACUGGUACCCACCAAUUUGUAAUGCCAUGGCAUACUCACGGCUGGAGGAUCUGGAUGAUCCAAAUUUUCCUGAGAACAGACCUAUGCGAGUUUGCUCGGAAGCUGAAAUCGACGAACAGAUACCUCGCGUAUCAUGCCUUCUGGACCGUUUUUCCCGAGGAUUGCUUGAGAUGACACCGAGCAGGGUACACAAGAUCCGGGGUUACCAAUAUUUCGCAUAUGAAGUGAAAUUUCUUCAUCGUACCGUACGCGACUACAUCGUGAACACGCGACGAGACCAGAUGCAAAGCCGUGUUCCAGAGUUCAAUGACCACGUCGGUAUUAUCCGAUUGCUGCUUGCUGAUUUCAAGCUUGCCCGUCCGUCAAGAGAAGACCUGAUCCCUAACUUGGCAAGGUGGGGGUAUUCCAUCAGAAUACAGCUCAAAACUAUAUUCCUUGCUCUAUUGUAUGCCGAAAAGGCCGGGAAAACCGACGUGAUACCUGGAUUCCUUGAACAAGCCGAGAAAAUCUUUGCGGGCCAUGCUCAACCCGCGGAGCCCUUCGAUGUACAGGACCACGAAAACAAAGGCUAUCUGUGGGGAGAAAACAUGGUGGCCCUCGAAUGUCCUCAGCUCAUUUACCUAGAAUCGGAGGAUCAUCAAUCAUGCUUCCUUUGCCAGACUGUGGCUGAGGGUCUAUAUUCAUAUCUUGCGCCCCAUUUCCUCGGCCGUCUAAAGAAAGAGAAUUCGGUUUCUGGGCCAAACCUGCUUCUUGUAGCAUCGUGGGCAAAUGAAGUGGACAUUGUGGAAGAUUUACUGCGCGAGGGUAGGUCUCCCAAGGAGAUGGUGGCCGUGGAGAACAUAUUGUCGCCUUUUGCAAACCAGGUAUCCGGGACCAUCAUGGCUCCGAAAGCUCCUAUCUCAGUGUGGCUGCUUUACCUUUACAGUUAUCUCACAGAGUUUCUCUCAGAAAGAUAUUCCAAACCAGCUCUCGCUCUCGAGAGCUUUUUGGAUUCGGGUGCUGAUCCGAAUGUCGAGUUUAUUAUCAGAAAGUGGCAGCACCCGAAUCCGAAUGUCGAGUUUAUUAUCGGAAAGUGGUCUCACUGGAAUCCCAGUCUGAGCGAGGACGACAGUACUGCCAGCGAGGGUGACACCACUGCCAACAAGAACACACAGCCCCCCGAAACAUAUACUAUUGGUUUGCUGGAAUUGUUGGAACUAAUGGAGUUGCCAACCCUGGAUGACAUUCGGGGAAAGCUUAUUUCUCGAUCUCCCAAUUCCGAUCGACGUGACUCCUUCGUGCGGGUUUGCAAAUCUCUCAUGACUGAAAAGAAGGAAGGAGUUCCAUUUGGGCUAUACCACAAGUUCUACGUUGAAAGUAUCGUCACCCCCACCGAGCAUUUGGAUAUUCCGUUCAGUUACCGAUUGGAUUGA